ACAAAGGCUCUCUCCUCCAGCCGCCCAAGAUGCCGAAAGGAAAGAAGGCCAAGGGAAAGAAAGUGGCUCCGGCCCCUGCUGUCGUGAAAAAACAGGAGGCCAAGAAAGUGGUGAAUCCCCUGUUUGAGAAAAGACCUAAGAAUUUUGGCUUUGGACAGGACAUCCAGCCCAAAAGAGACCUCACCCGCUUUGUGAAAUGGCCUCGCUAUAUCAGUUUGCAGCGGCAGAGAGUCAUCCUCUAUAAGCGGCUGAAAGUGCCUCCUGCUAUUAACCAGUUCACCCAGACCCUGGACCGCCAAACAGCUACUCAGCUGCUUAAGCUGGCCCACAAGUACAGACCAGAGACAAAGCAAGAGAAGAAGCAGAGGCUGUUGGCCCUGGCCGAGAAGAAAGCUGCUGGCAAAGGGGAUGUCCCCACUAAGAGACCACCUGUCCUUCGAGCAGGAGNAGGCGCUUUGGCUAAGCUGGUGGAAGCUAUCAGGACCAAUUACAAUGACAGAUACGAUGAGAUCCGCCGUCACUGGGGCGGCAAUGUCCUGGAUCCCGUCUGUGGCUCGUAUGGCCAAGCUCGAAAAGGCAAAGGCUAAAGAACUUGCCACUAAGCUGGGUUAAAUGUACACUGUUGAGUUUUCUGUACAUAAAAAUAAUUAAAAUACAAAUU